AUUUCUGAUCUCUUCUCAAAGUUUCGUUUUUUUUCUUCUUAAUUGUAUAAACGUUUCAUCGAUGUCAGGUUAUCCUCCGACGAGCCAAGGUUACGGUUACGGUUACGGCGGCGGAAAUCAACCUCCACCACCUCAACCACCUUACUCCUCCGGCGGUAACAAUCCUCCUUACGGAUCAUCAACCUCUUCUCCUUACGCUGUACCCUACGGCGGACCUAAACCACCGUCAUCCUCUCCCACGCCGCCGUACGGAUCUUCAAAGCCUCAAUCUUCAUCAUACGGAGCACCGCCUCCUUCAGCUCCUUACGCGCCUUCUCCAGGAGACUACAACAAGCCGCCAAAGGAGAAACCUUACGGAGGCUACGGAGCUUCCGGCGAUUACGGAGCUCCACCACCGUCUGGACCUUCUGAUUACGGGAGUUACGGUGCUGGACCUCGUCCGUCGCCGCCGUCUGGGUACGGUGGAGGAUACGGAGCUACUCCAUCGCCUGGGAUUUCUGAAUAUGGAAGUUACGGUGGUGCUCCGCCUCGUCCAGCGUCUUCUGGUCACGGUGGCGGAUACGGAGGUUAUCCUCCGCAAGCAUCAUAUGGAAGUCCUUUUGCUUCUCUGAUUCCGUCAGGUUUUGCUCCGGGAACGGAUCCGAAUAUAGUGGCUUGCUUUCAGGCUGCAGAUCAAGAUGGUAGUGGCUUUAUUGAUGAUAAGGAGCUUCAAGGAGCUCUCUCUUCUUAUCAACAGAGAUUCAGUAUGAGAACUGUUCAUCUUCUUAUGUAUCUAUUCACCAAUAGCAAUGCCAUGAAAAUCGGACCUAAGGAGUUUACUGCACUUUUCUACAGUCUUCAGAACUGGAGGUCCAUUUUUGAGAGGUCUGAUAAGGACAGGAGUGGCAGAAUAGAUGUGAAUGAGCUGAGAGAUGCGCUUUUGAGCCUUGGGUUUUCGGUUUCUCCUGUGAUUUUGGAUCUGCUGGUUUCCAAGUUUGACAAAAGCGGAGGCAAGAACAGGGCCAUCGAAUAUGACAAUUUCAUUGAGUGCUGUCUCACUGUUAAGGGGCUGACAGAGAAGUUCAAGGAGAAGGACACAGCCUACUCAGGCUCAGCUACUUUCAACUACGAAAGCUUCAUGCUCACCGUCCUCCCCUUCCUCAUCGCAUAAGUUUUUAACGGUAACCCGUUUGCAAAUCUUCAGUUUUUUUUGUUUGUUCUUCGUUGUGUGAAUGCUAUUGUCAAUGGAACUACAAGAAGCUUUUCCGGUUAAGUUGAACUCAAGAGUUUAUAAAAAAUGUGAAAUGUA